AUGAAAAUCGGCUCUUACUCUGAGAACGUUAUGAUCGAAACGGAGCCAAUUCCCCUGCGCAUGAACUUGUCAUCUCCGAAGGCCGAUAUCAUCUGCUCUCUGGAUCCCAUACAUCAUUUCCCCAUCAAAUCUGUGACAGUCUUCCCACGUUUCUUGCUCAUCAUCACAAAAUCUGGCGAUAGGCUGUUGGCCGAAGGUCUGAAUCUUUUUGUUUCAAUUUUCGAAAACAAGAUCCGUUUCAAAAAUCGAGUCCGUGGGUUUUUCAAUUUCCAGAUGUCUUUUUGGAACAUCUUCUUGGAAAAACUCGUCUUGAGUUAUCAGAUGGAAUAAGGAAAGAACGGAUUGAAAAAAAAAAUCUCGGAUGCCGGGAUUUGGAUAAUUCAGUCGGCACAAAUUCCCUAGACAACGAUGAUUUAUGCGAUAAAAUUGUUGCCGUUGCGCAAUUGAGCCAUGACAUUAUUCGCAAUGACAAUCCUCCGUUUUUUUUUUCUCUUCUUUCCUACUUUCGCUUUCAAACAUCAUCCUGGAAAAUCCCACCUUUUCGAAAACCUUUUGGAUUUCUUCCUUGAUGAUUCUCGAGAAAAACUCAAAACUUGAAAAAACGGAGAAAGCUUGUUUGACUGCGAAAUUUCCCUCUUCUCUCUUCGUUGAAUUUGAAUUCUCAAAUUUUCGGGCGGCGGAUCUUGAAGCGCGAAAAAAAAAAGCUAUUUCUUCAUUGUUCGUCAUUUUUUUUCCUGUUGGACUUGUAUAGUUUGUCAAUUUAUUAUGAACUUUCAGUUAAGAAGGGAAUUUUCAUCAUUUCGCUAUAAACUUCUUAAAGCAAAAAAAGGAUAGUAAUAAAACCUGGACCUUUCCGUUAAAUUCCAUUUUCGUGGUUGGAAUUUGACAUUUGUGAUCCGUUCUAUUUUAAUACCAUAUAGUUAGGAACUUCCAUGUUAUGUUCUUUUUUUGUAGUUUUUUCUAUGCAUAAGAUAUUCAGUUAUUUAUUUUUUUUAAAGCUGGAAUAAGGGAGUUUCUCGAGAAGACAUGAUGAUCUGGGCUUACUCUUGUUGUUGUUUUGUGCCCUUCCGUCGGAAAAUCGCAGAGCUCCUGACGAAGAGAACCUUUCGCAGAGGCGAGACGUUCGUCAAGAGGAUUUCUGCACGCCCUGCACGUCUUCAUUUCUCUCGAAAAAACUUCUGCCCGUCACGUCUUCUAUUUUCUCUUGACGAACAAACUAUUCUUUUUAGAAGGGGAACGGCGCUCAUUUUUUCUGACAUAAGAUCAACUUCAACCUUCAAUUUUUCCAGAGAAUGGCUCCGCGACUCACACGACAAUUGACAUGGUCGACGCAACCAUGAGCAACGCUGUUCUUGGUCUUUCUCUGUUACUCGCUGCGAAACUUUUCGAAGCAUCGCCUUGUUUUCCUGACAACUUCAUCAACGUGGUCCGUCAUGUGAAAAACGACUUUUUGAUCUACGGCAUCACCCAGGUGAGGGCCUUUUUGUCUUCAGAUUUUCCUGGUAGCAUAUGAGAAAAACUGGAAGCCGCUCUUCUUUUUUUGGCUCAAAUUCUGUUCUUCAACACGAAACGAGAACGAAGACGAAGAUUUACGAGAGCGAAUUCAAAAUUGACAGAAUAAUUUUCACCCUUCUAUUGGAGAAGAAGAUAAAUUGUUCUUUUCAGAAAAGAAGCCGUGAGCUUUCCAAUCUACCUCUAGCUGAGACAAAAAAUAUUUCAGGACUGCCAGGUUUUCUUCGCGAAGCCGUCGCAACUGGCCCUCGUCUCCAGAAUACAAGUCAAUUCUCGUGCCUCCUUCUGUCAUCCGAAGCUCAUUCAGAUCCAUCUGAAGGUUACUUUCCUUAUACCUUUUCGAUGUACCUCGUUCGCGACGUUUUUAGAUGGCUUUAUUUGUUUUUUUUUUACAAGUUCAGAAAGAUAGAUUAUUUCAUUGUUAUAGGUGAAUAAUCAAACAAAACUUGAUAAAGUCUAGUAUGAUCUCUUGAAGGAAUGAGAAAAAAUUUGAGAGAUCUUUGUAAAUUUUUUAGACGAGAUAACGGUCUUUCGCCCUCACUUAAAACUACACAGAUUCGUUUUUCAUCCUGAAAAAGUUCUGUUUAAACAAAAACUUCUUGAGAUUUUAGGCUCACGACUCUCUUCUAGUAACUCUGAAGCAAGCCAAUAACCGGAUAUGCACCCUCGUCGUCCACAUCCCGCCGCUCGAAAUCAUAUUCGGAGAUCAUCUCUUCAGGUUGACUAUAUCUGAAUUUUUUUCAUGUUUGAAUUUUUUUUCAUGUAAAUUUUCAUGUCUAUUGAAGCGAUUUUAUUUUUGAGUACUUAUUGCCUUAAGUUAUUCUCUGCUGAACUCAUUGCCCUUCGCGGCCUGCUCCCACAGCAACGACGAAAGAUUCCUUCUGGAUCCCGACCUUUCUUUCAUGGACCCCAUUUAUAGCGUGGGUUGAUACGGUUCAGCUGUUGAACUGCGAACUGUUUAGGACGUAUUGUACAUGGUAGACCCAGCCUCCGAAGGAAAGAAAUGGAAGUUGAACCAGCUGCUGUUGAACGACAAGGGUAACCUCAACAUCAUCAACAACUUCACCAUUCCCAACGACUACGUUACUUCCAACCGUGUGUCUCCCUUUUCUCUUCUUUUUGAAAUUUCCGUUUGAGGAGUGGCGGGUUCGUCGACGGCAAGCGACUUCAUCAUGACGUUGGAUUCUUCUCGCGGCUCCAUGUUCAAGAGAAACCGUUUCGAUACAACUUUUACUCAUCAAUGUGCUUUUGAUAUGUUGUUCAGGUUAACAAUUUUUGGAAGAUAAAAAUCUCUCAUUUUUCAGACAGCCUCAGGCGGCUGUGGAGCGCUUUGAGACCCCGACCCAGGGAUACGGUAGCUGGCUGAACGCCAUGGCCAGCGACUCCAACAUCUUGCUCUACGUGGAGACCGACCGUUCUGUGAGUCUUGAUCGAGUUUCCGACGACCUCUUCUUCUUUCAGGCCACGUCACCAUCAACUCGUUUGAACAUUCUGAACGUCUCCGAGCCAAACGACGUUUUUUGUCUGCUCCACACCAACUUUGUCUUCGAUAUUGGCAUUGUUUGUUCCCAAACUCUGCGGAAACUGAAGGAAGAGCCUCUUUUACCAUUCGGUACGUUUUCAGCCGUGUUCAAAGUAAUUCAUGCGGAAUUCCAAAUUAUCGUCAAUUCAAGUUUUUUUUUGUCUUUUUCACUUUCAGACGCCUAUUUUGCAUUUUUCGGGAUAAUUUUGAACAGGACAUUGCAUGCUUAUAAAUGAAAAGAAAGGUAAUUUUCCGAAAUAGGUCAAAAAGAUCUUUGGUGUUCUCAUACCAGGCCACUUUUUAGUAGUGACGUCAUAGCGCAGGACCCCCAAAAAUAUCCCCAAACAUUGAAAAAACAGACUUUUUUCUCUUUUUCUUUAAGCGAAUUCGUUUUCUAGAUGAUUUCAGUAGUUAGAACCUUUUCUAAGCAAAUCUUAUCACUGAUCCGUGUUAACAUUUGAAAAUUUAAAAAUUUCUGGAAAUGCGAAUUUUUCGAUCCGGUUUCUUCUAGAGCUAACAGAUCGUUCUAUAAAAGCUGAAAAAUCAAUCUGGAGCUCAGUCUGAUCACUUUGAGACUUCUGACCGAUUUUCCGUAUGUUUCGAAGUUUUUCCUCUUCUUGAAUAAAAAUUUAAAAAUUAAAUCGGAAAAAAGUUAAAUAAAGAAUAAAAAAGUUAAUUUGGAAAUUCAGGAACAAAGAGAUCGAGGCAGCCGUUCGCGAUCGUUUCAGAGAAGAUGCAGCUUCGGCCAACAUCACCUGAAUCAAUCACGUCGACCACAACGAAAGCUUCAGUCUCCACAUCAACCGUAGAACCAAGAACCGAGCAAACUGAAGUCGUGAAAACAACGACCUCGCCGAAGAAGUCGGAGCAGCACCAACCUGUGCGGAUUUCUUCUCCAUCUGAGUCGUUUUUCUCCUUUUCUGCAACGACGAGCGUCCCGACGACGUCGACUGACCGGGAAAAAGAAGAAGAGAAGGAAGAGUUAGAAGACUUUGAUGAUUUGGAAGUUCCGAAAGUGCUGAAGACUGACGACGACGUUUCCGAGAUUGAUAAGGCCCGAGAAGACGUUUCUGAUGAUAACGUGGGUUUUCCUUUGUUUUUUUCCGCUUUUGAGAGGGUCAUGAAAUAACUUGAAAGCCUUUUAAUUGAAAAUUCCAAAAGCUUGAGGAGGAAAGUCUGAUGACUGGGCUUUUUAUUAGAGAAAACCGAAAAGUGCAGAUUUUUUUAUUUUCGCGGUUUUGCAGGGAAGCGACGUCGGAGAACUGCGAGCCCAUCAGAACGACACGACCAAUUCUUCGCCUGUCGAGGUGCCUCGUCUCGUUCUCCUCUUUCUCCUUUAUCUCUUGUGUCACUAA